UAGAGUGUUGCUUCGUGUGCACUUGAACAUUUUGACGCUUGCUCAGUGCAGCCGUUGUACUGAACAACAAAGCGACACACUGGCGCGUCGCAAACCUGUGGUGAUCCGGUGACAGGAGAGAAGACAGCAAAUGCACCGUUUGGGAACACAAUGGAAUUGUUUGAAGAAGAAUUGACCUGUCCCAUCUGUUGUUGUUUAUUUGAAGAUCCACGGGUUCUCCCUUGUUCUCACAAUUUCUGCAAGCGAUGUUUAGAAGGCAUCUUGGAAGGAAAUGGGAGAGGUCUGCAAUGCAAAGUCCCUUUCAAAUGUCCAACCUGUCGCAAAGAAAGCCCUGCCAUGGGAAUUAGCAAUUUGCAAGUGAAUUAUUCACUGAGGGGAAUAAUAGAGAAGUACAACAGAAUUCGGAUCAUACCUAAAGUUCCAAUCUGCAAGAAGCAUAGUGGACAACCACUGAAUAUCUUUUGCUCAACAGACCUUCAAUUAAUCUGUGGAUUUUGUGCUACCAUGGGAGAUCAUGAAGGACAUUCCUUCUGUGCUAUCAAGGAUGCCUACAAAGAGGAGAGAGAAGCUUUUGAUGGACUUUUCCAAGGCUUAGAAACCUGGUGUUCUGCUGAUGUUCAGUCAUGUCUUGAGAAAUUAGAAAGUGACAAGAAAAAGUCCCUGCAGUUAAUAAGCAAGGAUGCAAAAAAGGUGAUAGAAUAUUUUACUAAGUUGCAGCAUACACUAGAACAGAAAAAGAAUGAGAUUCUUUCCGAUUUUGAAACCAUGAAGCUGGUGGUAAUGCAGGCCUAUGAUCCAGAAAUAAAUAAAUUGAAGAUGAUUCUGGAAGAACAGAAAAGGGCUUUUGCCUUGGCAGAGACAUUUAAGAAUGAGUCUGAUCCAGUCUUAUUUCUACAACAGAUGCAAGAGUUUCGCAAUAAAAUGAAAAUUGUAAGGGAAACCCCAUAUUCCUGCUCUGAUGGAGAGGUGCAUCCUGUAAUGAAAAAUUUCAAUACCAGCCAUUGGGAUAGGGUGAGGCUGAAAGAUGUUGAUAAAGUUACUCUACCUACAGAAACUUGCACCUUCAGAUUUAAAACUCCCACCAAAAAGUCAGGUAGAGUCCUUGCAGUUUCUGUUGUUUUCCUCCUACUUUUUAUCAUGGCAUUCUGUCAUUGUGAGGUAAUACAGAGCUUGGAGACUUUGAAAAGUCAGAUGACCACACUCACUGACUUGUUGUAUCAUAGUGAGAUUAUAGAUACAUUUUCAUUUGGGCGUAAAAGCACUAUCGCAGAGCUGUGGCAGUACGUAGCAGAAUUUCUGCAAAUAUAAGAUGCUGUAACUAGAGUGAAAUAUCAGUGCUGAAUCUGCAGGUGCAACAUCAACCAUGUUGGAGAUGCAUCUGAGAUCUCUAGGACCAGAUAUCUUUCACUAACAAGGUACAAUAAACCACAGUGUCAUCAAUAUCAUUUCAAACAUUUUUGAGUAUUUUAAUGAAUUAAAAGAUUAUCAGUUUUCGAUUCAUUUUCAAAGUUACAACAAUUGUGAUUCUAAUUGUCAUCAGGUGGACACGUUUUAGCUGUUUAUACUGUGUCUACAUGACUGGAGACUGUUGUAACUGAAUAGUGGUCUGUCCUUUCAGAUUUAUUUUAUCUUUGUACUGAUGAUCAACAUAGGAUCCAAUAGAAUUAAGUGUCUUCUAUGAAUAAUAAUCAUCAGUUUUCUAAACUACCACUUGAAUUGAAUAUUCCCGAUGUACAUGCGUGCACACAGUGAUGCAUAUCUAUUUCUGUAAAAAAUAAUGUUGCAACUUUUCUCUCUACUUGUUUCACCAAAAUGAAUGUAAUGUUAUUUUUUAUGGUCUGGGUAUUUUUAUCAAUGAACACAGCGGGCAUAUUAUUAGGAAUGUACUUUACUAUUCUAUCAGUAUGGUGCAUAUGCAAACUAAAAUUGAUUCUGGGUACUUGUGUUUAAUAAAUGUUUUACUAAUUUAUCACUGUCUAUUAUUUGAGAAAUCAUUUCAGGAAUACUUAGAUUUAUUAUAACAGUGUAAUAUUUACAUAUGUUCCCAGUAGAUUAUCCAAUCUUAGUGUAUCAAUAAAUGAAGUGGUGGUUUCUACAUAAUUCAGUCUGUAGAAGUAAAAAGCAUAACCCCUAUCUCCAUUCUGUGGUUCUGUUAAAAUACUCUUUAUUAAUUUCCUCAGCUUUUUAAAAUGUUAGAAGUUCCAUCACUGUGGAUUACCAGCAAUCAAGAAUAAUUAAAAUGUUUGUAUGUUUGGCACAACACAGUAUUGAGCUGGAGGAAUACGGCACGUUCAGAAUUCUGAAGAAGGGUCCCAAUCUGAAAUGUCAACUUUCCUGCUCCUCUGAUGCUGCCUGACCUGCUGUGUUCCUUCAGCUCCGCACUGUUUUCUCUGACUCUAGCAUCUGCAGUUCUUGCUAUCUCUGAGUAUAUUUGGCACAGUCUGAUUUUAAAUUUUGAUAGGGACUAGUUGUACAGGGCCAAACUAGCUGUCGGAUUCAUACAUUUUUCUCUCCCUUUUUUCUCCUCUUCCCAACCCCCACGCCCAUGUUAACAAAAAACUGUAACAUACUCUCUAGUUAAAACAUCAACAAUUUUUACCGUAAGCAAUCUCAAGGUUUUCUUGAGUUAAAGAAAGAGUAAGUUUAUUACCUGUGUAUUCAUAUUGUGCUGGCAUUUGGGAUCCUUUUGUUAUCUCCUUUAUGCUGUCUUUUACACUCAAACAAAGUUAACAGUAGAUUGUAUCCAAUACAAAUGAAUUUUUCUUUAUGUACAGUUUAGGCAUCGUCAA